AUGGAUUACGAAAACGACCCAGGAUGGAAAUAUCUUCGCCGUUCUCGCGAAGAAAUGCUAAAGGAUCAAUCGAAAGCGUAUGAUUCGAAGAAAAACUGUUGGAUUCCUGAUGCCGAAGAGGGAUAUGUUGAGGCUAUCAUCACGAAGACAUCUGGAGACACUGUCACCGUUCAGGUCGGCCAGGGCGUUGAGAAGACCGUCAAGAAGGAAGUCAUCCAAGAGAUGAACCCACCGAAGUUCGAGAAGACCGAGGAUAUGUCAAACUUGACUUUCCUUAAUGAUGCUUCCGUCCUUCACAAUCUCCGUGCUCGCUAUGCUGCCAUGCUGAUUUACCUUGAACGAUUCAAGAAGCAACUCGAGAGCGCCGUCAAGGAGGAGCAAGCCAACAACCAUUUGAGCAAGUACAGAACCGUUCAACUAUCUUUGGAGACUGCUGAGGAGAGAGCCGACUCUGCUGAGCAGUGCCUUGUCAGAAUCCGAAGUCGAACAAGGGCAACUGCCGAGCAGAAGUGA